CCUCGUGAUCCCAAAGGAAACACCAUCACAGCAUCUCCAUUGCGGGGAAAGGAGGCUAGCAACGGUGUUGAUUUGUGGGGUGCAACACUCUACGACUUCUACUGGGUUCUACGUGCCCCAGAUGUGAAGAACUAUCUCACCAUCUCCACAGGCAGCAGACUUGCGAAAUGGGUGCGCCAACAUGGUGAGCUCAUAGCAGAGGAUGAACUCUGUUCGGCCGAUGAGGAGGAGGACCCCAAGGAAGUGCCGGUAGUUGACAUCGGGGAACUGAUCAGGUGCUAUGAUGUGCGCGUCACAUUGGGCGUAUUCAAUCACUUUUCCAGUCGAAAGGAAACUCCGACACUUCAACAACGUAUUCCUUUGCACCUUCUUCCUCAAAAGAUCCACGUUCAUGACCCUUGGAACAUAUUAACCGUCAAGGAGAGCGAUUCUGACCGUAAGACUCAAUGGCUUUCCAAAAUUUCCAAUGAAGGAGACAUCGUCCGAACCUAUGCCCUCUCCCUUUCGCCGAAAGGUAAUGAGGUCGCUUCGGAGGCACUAGAGACUGGCUGA